AUGGAGAUAACUAAUGUUAGUGAGUACGAGAAUAUUGCGAAGCAGAAGUUGCCAAAGAUGGUGUUUGAUUACUAUGCAUCUGGUGCUGAGGACCAGUGGACUCUCCAAGAAAACAGAAACGCCUUUUCCAGAAUUUUGUUUAGGCCGCGGAUUCUUAUCGAUGUGAGCAAGAUAGACAUGACGACUACUGUCCUUGGAUUCAAAAUAUCCAUGCCAAUCAUGAUUGCUCCAACUGCCAUGCAGAAAAUGGCUCAUCCUGAGGGAGAGUAUGCAACAGCAAGAGCUGCAUCAGCUGCUGGAACAAUCAUGACUUUGUCAUCAUGGGCAACUUCAAGUGUUGAAGAAGUGGCUUCAACAGGACCUGGCAUUCGCUUUUUCCAGCUAUAUGUGUAUAAGGACAGGAAUGUGGUUGCUCAGCUUGUGAGAAGAGCUGAAAAAGCUGGAUUCAAAGCUAUUGCCCUUACUGUUGAUACUCCAAGACUUGGACGCAGAGAAGCUGAUAUCAAGAACAGAUUUGUUCUGCCACCAUUUUUGACAUUGAAGAACUUUGAAGGCUUGGACCUUGGAAAGAUGGACCAGGCUAAUGACUCUGGACUUGCUUCCUAUGUUGCUGGUCAAAUUGAUCGUACUCUAAGCUGGAAGGAUGUGAAGUGGCUUCAGACAAUCACGAGCCUGCCAAUUCUUGUGAAGGGUGUACUGACUGCUGAGGAUGCAAGGAUAGCAGUUCAAAGUGGUGCAGCUGGUAUAAUUGUGUCCAAUCAUGGAGCAAGACAGCUUGAUUAUGUCCCAGCCACCAUAAGUGCCUUAGAAGAGGUUGUGAAAGCUGCUCAAGGCCGCGUUCCUGUAUUUUUGGACGGUGGUGUUCGCCGUGGAACCGAUGUCUUCAAGGCAUUGGCACUUGGUGCUUCUGGCAUAUUUAUUGGACGCCCUGUGGUGUAUUCGUUGGCUGCUGAAGGAGAAGUUGGAGUAAGAAAAGUUCUUCAGAUGUUACGCGAGGAGUUUGAGAUGACAAUGACUUUGAGUGGAUGCCGUUCACUGAAAGAAAUCACUCGCGAGCACAUUACUGCAGAUUGGGACACUCCUCGCACUCAUCCACGUGCAUUGCCAAGAUUAUGA